AAUUUGAUACUCCUGCUUUUAAUCAAACAAUUGGCAAAGAAACUAAUUCAAAAAAAUGACAAACUUCUGCUUAUUUCUUUCAUCUUUUAUCUUCAUCACCUUCUUCACAUCAACAAAUUCAACCACAAAUCCAUCAUCAUGUCCAAUCGACUUCACCUAUGUCAACACAUUCCCAUGGGACACACAAGAAUGCAGCAAAAACUCAGAACAAAGAUCAUGUUGUCAAACACUCAGAAGCUUACUAGGAAUAGGACUUUCAACAUACCUUAAAUCCUCCUCAAAUUUCCUUCUCCCAACCCCAGAAUCAUCAUCUUCUUGUCUCUCUGUUUUCAAAUCAAAACUCUCCUCGAUUCAAAUGAUGAAUUCCUCAUUAGUUUCUUCUUGUUUGAACAGCUCAGAUGAACUGUUGCUUAAUCACCCAACAGAUUGUGCUGGGAUAAGGAAUAUCAGUGAUUGGGACGAGAAAGCUGGGCCCACAUUGGAGUUGAAUUCAUCUUGUAAUGGUGAUAUGAGGAGUUUAACAGAGUGUAAUUCUUGUUUUGAUUCUGGGAUGAAGAUGAAUUCUGAAUUGGUAAGUUUAGCACCGAAUUCGAGUAAGUGUUUUUAUUUUACCAUUUUUUAUGCUGCUGGGAUUGUUAAUAAGUUUGGUCCUGAAGAUUUUGGGUCAGCAGUUUGUAUCUUAGGUCUUCCUUUAGCUGCAGGGCACCAUGGUUAUGAUGAACAAUCUUCAGGGAAAGUAAGUAAAAAGGUUGUGUUUAAGUUUGUUUUUGGGUUUUUGGGGGGUAUUUUGGGUAUUUUGGUAGUUAUAGGGUUGAUGCAUUUGUGUAGAGUUUGGGAUAUGAGGAGGAAAGAAAGGGAAAUGCAUGAUUCAUUUGUUAAUAGUGUUAGGGGUCAAGUUACACCUAAUUUGGGUACAGUAUGGUAUCACGUGACAGAGUUGGAACGCGCUACAGAUGGAUUUUCACGCAGGAAUUUCAUUGGUGAAGGUGGUUAUGGGGUUGUUUACAAGGGAGAGUUUGCAAAUGGGACUGUAAUCGCGGUAAAACAAAUUACCGAGGAUUUAAACUCUAUGAGGGAUGAGGAAUUUUGCAAUGAGGUUGAUAUUAUAAGCAAAAUUAGGCAUAGAAAUCUUCUCCCUUUAAGAGGAUGUUGUGUAGCAAGUGAUAAUUUUAAGGGUAAGAGGCGGUACCUUGUGUAUGACUACAUGCCUAAUGGUAGCCUUAGUGAUCACUUGUUUAACCAUCAAAAGAAGCUAACAUGGCCACAAAGGAAGAACAUAGUCCUUGAUGUUGCCAAGGGACUUGCAUACUUGCACUAUGGUGUGAAACCGGCGGUUUACCACCGCGAUAUUAAGACAACCAACAUACUUCUAGAUUCAGAGAUGAGGGCAAGGGUUGCGGAUUUUGGGUUAGUUAAGCAGAGCGUGGAAGGUCAAUCCCAUCUCACCACCAGGGUCGCAGGGACAUAUGGAUACCUUCCCCCCGAGUACGCUCUAUAUGGGCAAUUGACCGAGAAGAGCGAUGUUUAUAGCUUCGGAAUUGUGAUUUUAGAGACAAUGAGUGGGAAAAAGGUUUUAGAUACAUCAAACUCAUCGACCCCGCUGAUCACAGAUUUUGUCUGGAAUCUGGUUAAGUCGCAGAAUGUCGAGGCAGUUUUCGACGAACCCAUAAGAAACGAAGGUCCGAAGGGCAUAAUGGAGAGAUAUGUACGUGUGGGCCUACUUUGUGCACAUGUUAUGGUGGCUUUUAGGCCUACCAUAGCUCAAGCUUUGAAGAUGUUAGAAGGAGAUAUUGAUAUACCAAAGCUACCAGAGAGGCCAUUGCCCCUUGCUCAUGAGUCGUUUAAGUCAUCUUUGAGUUCGUGGCAUAAUGGCUCAAUUAGUGAGAGAUCAUCAAAAGCCAGCAGUAGCAGCAAUACUUUUGCCAAUUCUUUAAUUUGUCCCACAAUUUUGUAGAUCUUGUACAAAUGCUGAUCAUGUAACCAUUAAGACUACAAGAUAGAAGUUGGGGUUGUCGAAAUGUAACCUUAAUUACCCAACUCCUUUGAAAGUUUGAAGUGUAUUCCUACGUGUGACUUACACAUAUACCAUAAAUUUAUUCAUUUUUUUUU